AUGAACUAUUUAAGGACAUUUGGUGACAUGCUGCACCUGCUUGCCAUCAUUAUUCUGUUAGGGAAGAUGCUGCGGCAGCGGUCGGCGGCUGGGUUGUCUCUCAAGACACAAUUUCUUUUUGCGCUUGUCUUCACUACACGCUAUCUCGACCUGUUCACUUCGUUUCUGUCCCUGUACAAUACGUUGAUGAAAAUCUUCUUCUUAACAACGUCGUGGCACAUCUGCUACCUCAUGCGUAACAAGAGCCCGUGGAAGGCUACGUACGAUCACGAGAAUGACACGUUUCGUAUUCGUUACCUCAUCGUUCCUUGCAUUGUACUUGCACUUCUUUUCCACGGCAAACCCCGCGGAGGAUGGCUGAUGGAUUUCUUGUGGGCCUUUUCGCAGUAUUUGGAGGCUGUAGCCAUUUUGCCUCAGAUAUUUUUACUCGAAUACACUGAGCGCUAUGAAGCACUCACGUCCCACUACUUGGCAGCCAUGGGGGCGUAUCGAUUUUUUUAUUUACUUCACUGGAUCCAUCGGUACUUGGUUCUUGACCGCGUGAACGUUGUUUCUGUAUCCGCGGGAGUGCUGCAGACUGUACUCUACGUCGACUUUUUCUACCAUUACCUCACACAGGUCGUGCGACGAGCGAAGCAGCGUUAUGAUCUUGCACGGUAG